GAUAUCCGUUCGGGCAUCCGCCCGUUUUGCGGCGGAUAUCCGUUCGGGCAUCCGCCGUUUUGCGGAGGAUAUCCGUUCGGGCAUCCGCCGUUUUGCGGAGGACCGUUCGGGCAUCCGCCCGUUUUGCGGAGGAUAUCCGUUCGGGCAUCCGCCCGUUUUGCGGAGGAUAUCCGUUCGGGCAUCCGCCGUUUUGCGGAUAUCCGUUCGGGCAUCCGCCCGUUUUGCGGAUAUCCGUUCGGGCAUCCGCCCGUUUUGCGGAUAUCCGUUCGGGCAUCCGUCCGUUUUGCGGAUAUCCAUUCGGGCAUCCGCCGUUUUGCGGAUAUCCGUUCGGGCAUCCGCCCGUUUUGCGGAUAUCCGUUCGGGCAUCCGCCCGUUUUGCGGAUAUCCGUUCGGGCAUCCGCCGUUUUGCGGAUAUCCGUUCGGGCAUCCGCCGUUUUGCGGAUAUCCGUUCGGGCAUCGUCCGUUUUGCGGAUAUCCGUUCGGGCAUCCGCCCGUUUUGCGGAUAUCCGUUCGAGCAUCCGUCCGUUUUGCGGAUAUCCGUUCGGGCAUCCGCCGUUUUGCGGAUAUCCGUUCGGGCAUCCGUCUUAUUGCGGAUAUCCGUUCGGGCAUCCGUCGUUUUGCGGAUAUCCGUUCGGAGAUCCGUCUUAUUUAG